ACAUUUAAUCCGUAAUGUGUGAUUAUGAUUAACAAAAGUUUGCCUCAAAAGUGCAAUAAAAAUAAUCUGCUUCACAUAGUGAUAAUGUCGCUCUGUUAUCAGAACCAUUCACUUUUUAUUUUUGACCGAUCACAAAGUUGACCUCGGCACGUAUUGCAGCCGCUCAUCCUAAGUGUUGAUUUGAGUGUAGUGUUGUUCGGUUGUGUAUAUAAAAUUGGUCAGGCUGACGAUUUGUAAUCAAGUGGUAAUUUUGAAGCUAAGAUUGGCAAUAGUGUUUAUCGAACUUCAGCGAGAGACUAUUACAACUAACAAAACUCAGCAUGCUGGCUUAUAUUCAAUUGCUUUAGGCUAUUCCAUGACUUCAUCGCUUUUUUGUAUGAAAAUAAAUCCAUAAACGAAUAAAAAGAACCAUAACAGUGUAGUAAUCAGCAACUGUACGAUAACGAUAAUUAUGGCGCAAAGUGCUAUCGGGAAAAAUGAUAAUGCAACUAUCUCAAAGUUGAUUCCAUUUAUAACAACGGUAUUACUAUAUUUCUCGCUGAUUGAACAUACGGAUCGUAGCAGUACCCCAUCUACUGUGCUAAAAUGUAUGCCAAUAUUCAGUUUAUUAUUCUUCGUCAUGCUGACAACUUCAAAAAAUGCCGCAACGAAACAAUAUCAACAGCGCAUCAUGUAUGGGCUUUUAUUUUCAUCGGUAGGAGACUUUUUGCUGAACUACGAUUUAUUUGAAGCUGGCAUGGGUGCUUUUGGAAUUGCACAAGUUUUUUAUAUAUCGGCAUUCGGUAUGAAACCCCUCAAGCUAUGGAUUGGGGUCACCUUAUAUUUAUUAGGGGUUAUGGCAAUUGCUGUGUUCUUUGGGAAUUUAAACUCAAUUAUUAAAGUAUGUCUUCCAUUUUAUGCUAUAUUAUUAUUGACCAUGUGUUGGAGAUCAUUGGCUCGAAUUGAAGGAUCACAUAACUAUUCAAGACUCGUAUGCGGCAUUGCCAGCAUAUUAUUCGUCAUAUCUGAUGGAAUAAUAGCAUUUGACAAAUUUUUCACACCUAUACAAGCAGCACAAACGUAUAUCAUGGUUACAUACUACCUCGCACAAGUAGGAAUAACACUCAGCGUUAAUGAUGUUCAACUGAAUGAGCCAACCGGUUCCAUAAAGCCCACGGAACGACGAAACAAACGCACUGGAACAAAAUCAUAUUAAUUGUGGUUAUCACUAUUAGUUGUUAAAUAUCUGUGAAACAGUAAAGAAUACUAAAUCUGUGAUUCUGCUUCUUCCUAGAAUUGGAAAACUUCCAUUAAGUAUCAGAUUUAUAUUCUUGUUGAGGAGACAAUAAAUAGACUGGUUUUAUAUUUGUUUAAACGUA